AUGGCUUAUUCGAACCUGAAAACCCCGGCUAGCUGCUAUGCCGACUUCUGCAUGAUUCCGGUCGGCACGGGCAGCCCGUCCAUCUCCCGGGAGGUCGCCGAGGUGCAGAAGGUGCUCAAGGCUAGCGGCCUAUACUACAAGAUGCACUCGGCCGGAACCACAGUCGAGGGCAGCUGGGACGAAGUCAUGAAGGUCAUCGGCCAGGCCCACAGCAUCGUCCACCAGAAUGGCGCUGUUCGGGUCCAGUCGUCGAUGCGUGUUGGAUCACGAACCGAUAAGACUCAGACUGCCGAUGACAAGAUCAAGAGUGUCCAGGACAUUCUGGCCCGGGAUGAAAAAUAA